AUGGUGUCUGCCGUGAAAUGGGGUAAUUCUGGACCCAUUGUGGUAUCGGCAGUGGGACGGGUGGCACAAAUAGGGGAACUCUAUGAUUCACGUGAAGACAAAUUCCUGGCUAUAUCUUUAUUCAAUAAAAAACAACCGAGUAGUUCGAUCAUAUCCACCGACAAUGGUGAAAGUAAAAUGAAAGUGGCCAUGCUCAACACCUACAAGGAAAAAUUUAACACCCUGGAUAUUACGGCGGAAAUAAAGUUAAGCAUGUUAACUGGAUUAAUUAAAUUGGAGGGAUCAGCCAAAUUUUUUAACGAUAAAAAACAAAGCUACCGGAGCGCAAAGGCAUCGUUGAUUCACUCUAUGACAACUUGUUACGAUCAUAUAGUUAUACACAAUACCGAAUUAAAGCCCAUGAUAGACCUGGAUGUGCUUGAGCAAAUAGAUGCCACGCAUGUAGUGGUGGGCAUACAGUGGGGCGGAAAUGUGUUUAUAUCGAUCGAGGAUACUAAUUCAGAUGAACAAGAUAAUACAAAAGUAGAAGGAAAUUUAAGAGCUGAAGGUAAAUAG